AUGGCUGUCCCUCGCAGUUUAGCUCGCGCGUUCGCCACGUUUAACGCCGCUGGAAAGUCGGGUCAAAGCCCCACAGCAAUCGUUAUGAUGAAUAUGGGAGGUCCCUCGACGGUACCGGAAACCCACGACUUCUUGAAAAAUCUGUUUUCGGAUGGCGACUUGAUACCUCUGCCGUUCCAGAGUGUGCUAGCUCCGUUUAUUGCGCGAAGGAGAACGCCGCAAAUAGAGAAGCAAUAUGAGGACAUCGGAGGUGGUUCCCCAAUCCUUCGUUACACGCAAAUCCAGGGUGAGGGCAUGGCGAAACUUUUGGACGAGCUACACCCGGAGACAGCACCGCACAAGGCGUAUGUAGCGUUUCGUUACGCGAAACCACUUACUUCGGAAACGGCGCGGCAAAUGAAAGCGGACGGCAUCAAGCGUGCCGUCGCAUUUACCCAGUAUCCGCAAUAUAGCUGCAGUACGACGGGCAGUAGUCUCAAUGAAUUAUACCGCCUGAAUAAGGCAGGGGAAUUUGGCAAUGAUGUAGAGUGGAGUGUUAUUGAUCGCUGGGGUACACAUUCGGGUUUCAUUGAGUCAGUAGCCCAACGCGUCGAAGCUGCGCUCGCCAAAUUCGCUCCUACAGAUCGAAAAGAUGUCGUAAUACUGUUUUCGGCCCACUCGCUACCAAUGUCUGUUGUAAACCGUGGUGACCCUUACAUACUCGAGGUGGCGUCGUCCGUGUCCGCUGUGAUGGAUCGCUUAGGACAGUCAAAUCCAUAUCGGUUAGUGUGGCAGUCCCAGGUCGGACCGCGGGCUUGGAUGGGGAUGCAGACAAGUGAGGCGUUGAAAGGGCUGGCUCGCUUAGGGAAGAAGCACGUCGUCCUGGUACCUAUCGCGUUUACGAGCGACCAUAUCGAAACGCUAUACGAGCUAGAUCUGGAAUACGGAAAGGAAGCAGAAGAGCAUGGCAUGGAAGUUCAUCGUGCGGAGUCGUUGAACGAUUCUCCGGUAUUCAUUCGGGCACUGGCCGAUAUGGCUGCCCAGCACCUCCGGGAGUACAAAGCAGGGACUAUCGGACCAACGAGCGUCCAAUUAGGCCUGCGGUGUCCGGGUUGUACGAAUGCAACAUGUGGGCAACAGAAGAGCUGGCUCGCGCAGGGGAAGCGGUGA